CUUUAGCUCUUUGUUUUGUGUCAAAGGAAAGAGGGUACGUCUUUAGCAGACCCUACCGGCGCUGCAAGAAAUCGGGAAAACAACCCUUUCCUGUGGAUACCCUACCUCCACCUCCUACCGCCAAAAGGACCAACAGCAUGAACAACCGGUAAAUAAUGGAGUUCCCCCAGCACUCCCUGCAGCUCCUGUCAGGUCUGCGUUCUCAGCGACAGCGUGGGUUCCUGUGCGACUGCACCGUCCUCGUGGGUUCCUCCCAUUUCCUGGCCCAUCGGGCUGUCCUGGCCUCAUGCUCUCCAUUCUUCCACAUGUUCUACUCCGAUCCCCCAGGGGCCGCUGGUGCCGGCAGGGCCAGCUCGGUCACGCUGGACGGGGAUAUCGUGACAGCAGCGGCAUUCGGCCUGUUGUUAGACUUCAUGUACGAAGGCGUGCUGCGGCUGGAGGCCCCUCCCCCAGCAGAGGACGUGCUGGCGGCAGCGAGCUUCCUCCACAUGAACGAGGUGGUCCGGGUGUGUAAGAGACGGCUACAGCACCGACCGCCACCGGCUGAGGCAGACAGCACGCGCCCGGAGGAGAGCGGAGUGGCAGCUGUGGGUGGUAGUGGACCCGGAGUCGGCAUGGCAACAGGAGCUGCCAAAGCGGUGGCCAUGGCAAUGUCAGUGUCUCAGUCUCCGUCAAUGCAGAGAAACCAGUUGGGCUGUUCUACAAGGUCAGACAGGAGGGUGGAGGUUCAGGCGCACGCCCCUCUGAGUCCAGACAUGGCCGACACCACCCAGCCGGGCAUGGACCACACUCUCACUCAUGUGGGUGAGCUGGUUACCCUCUCCUCCGGUCCCACUCUCAGGCUGGGGGGUCAGGGAGAGGGUCAGGGGGGCUCAGCCUUCUGUAGCCCCUGCAGCUCCACAGAGUCAUACAGUUACAGCAGCCACCAUCGCCAGCCCUCUUUAUCAGCAGCAUCAUCAUCAUCAGUGGUACCUGUGACCCAGACUGAUGGCUCCAGCUCCAUGGUGAGGAUACUGACCCAGUCCGACCACAGCAGCUCCUCCAGCCCAGAACAGGACAGCCAUGACCCUGUCUCUGACAACAAGAGCACAGUCAUCACACCAGGCAUACAAUGCCAGCAGCAUGGUCUCAGUAUCAACACACACCCUCAGAUUAGAAUACAGCAUCCACAGUCACUCCACCUCACCUCACCUCCCAACCUGAACCUUGUAACCCAUCAAGACCAAACCUCGGCCCUGUCCAGGCCUGAAGGGCUGCAGCAGGGUGGGUCAGAGAGGGAGAGGGGGGAGGCUAGUGAAUACUCUAACAUGGGGACUGUGGGAGUGGAGGAGCCCCUGGCAGGGAGAGGAGAAGUGGUGGAGGUGGAGCAGGAGGAUGUGGUAAAGAUAAAGGUGGAGGCCAUAGUGAUCUCAGACGAGGAGUUUGAGGAGAUGGAAGGAGUGCUGAUGAGGAGAGGAAUAGAGGGGAGAGAACGAGGGAUGAUGGAGGUAGAGGACAGGAAUGACUUUGAUGAUAAUAACCACGGAGACGAACUGAACAACCCCCACUUACUCCCUUUUCACCCCCACCACGCCUUACUCCAGAUGACCCACUCCCACCCCUCUGAGCCUCUCUCCUUCCCCCUCUCCCCCUCCGGACCCGGCACCACCUCCUCUGACGUUCCCCCUUUCCCAUCCUCCCUCUUUCCCUCUGUGGGCCAACAUUCUGACCAGCCCGUCUACUUCCAGGAUUCCAUGGGGAACUAUGUUGAGGAUGUCCCAACGUGCAGCGUCUGCGGGAAGACAUUCUCGUGCGCGUACACCCUGAGGCGACACGCCAUCGUGCAUACGCGCGAGCGCCCCUAUGAGUGCCGCUACUGUUACCGUAGCUACACGCAGUCAGGUGACCUGUACCGCCACAUUAGGAAGGCUCAUGACUCCAGCCUGCCGGCCAAACGCAGUAAAGGAGACACUGAGGAGGGCCAGCCUCCACACAGCUAACACACACAGCUAGCUGUAUACUUCUCCAUACUACAGAGAAUGACACAUUAUUUAUGCCUUCCCCCUUCCAACACCAGACAUCCUGGUCUUGCAUGUCCGUGGCAAUGAUCUGGGAUACUUUCAAAAUGACCUUCCAAAUGAUCUGGGAUACGUCAGAGGCCCAGACCUAGUGUGCAGGUUGAGUGAGGAUUUAGACGUUUCCCUCCACCAGGAUCAUCUUUUCAGACAUAGUGGUGCGACAGGUGGAGCGUGCCAGACAUGCCCAUGCCCGGGAUUGAGCAGACCAGGCACUCGGUCAACUAGCUGGGUCUGCAUUCCUGAGGGACCAGGGGCCAGUGGUGUUUUAGCUAUUUUAAAUGGGCCUUUCAUGACUUUUGUCUUUUACAUAUUUAUCUGUACCAGUUGUCUUACUAUGACCUCAGUGCCAAAAUAAUUUGUGUACCUUACUACAGGUAACUGCCAAAAUAAAUGAAACACUUGAGUAAAUAAGGGAUACAAAGUAUAUUGAAAGCAGGUGCUU